AUGAACGAGGAACGAAGUGGAAGCGAAUUGCAUUGCUCUUCGGGAAUUAAAGUGGAAUGGGUGGAAAUUGUGGAACCGCAGACUCGGCAAUAUAUGUAUGCAAAUCUUCGAACGGGUCAAUGUGCAUGGGAGCCACCAGCUGGUGUACCGGUGAAGAAGACUGCCAGCAAUCAAUGGUGGGAAUUAUUUGAUACCAGUUCUCAACGGUUUUACUAUUACAAUGCUACUACGAUGCAAACGGUAUGGCAGAAACCAACAAAUUGUGAUAUUAUACCACUUGCGAAACUUCAGACUCUCAAAGAAAAUACCGAAUUUCAUUCCAAUUCUGAGCGUGACGAUGGAUGCCCAGUGCUUGAAAAAACGGUGACAACUAAACGAAAUAAUGAAACGCAGACAUCACCGAAAGAAGAAAGGAGGUCUGGUAGCAGCCGUAGUUUAUCCCAUAUGAUCUUUGCCCAGAAUAUAUCCCCUGAAUCAGGAAUUGUAACAGCAAGGAAGCUCAAUUCACCUCAUACAUCCAUGUCGAGGAAGACAUAUAAUACAUCAUCCUCUCCCAUGCAAGUUUCACCUAGCUACAUUGCACCGCUAGUCAAUACUGUCCAGGACAUGCGCAUAUACUCAAAUCGAGAAUGCCUGCCGCGAAAUGUUCCUGCUGUGUCCGUUGCUUCGUAUAUUCCUCGCGAUGACUCACUUGAGGGUCAUUCAACACCACUGCAGUAUCAACGCCCACAGAUUGUAAUGUCUACUCGUACACCGUCGUCUACGUCAAAUAAUGCUAUGCCGUCAAUUAUUCAGUCUUCAGCUGGCAGUUCCAGUUCUUCUCUUACAAUCAGCAGCAGUCGUUUUCCACUUGAUGAUGGUACAACGCUAAAAAAAUUUCACAAUUCAACAUCAAGUCCAAAAGUCCGUGAAGUUAAUGACACUACUCUUGGAACAUCAGAUUGCUGGACUAAAGAGUCCAUCAAACAGCCCGUAUCCGGCAAUAUGGAUGAUAAACAUGUGAAAAAAGAAGCACCAAAUAUGUUCAAAAUUGUCCAGUGUUAUAUGGGUGAUCGGAAAAGUAAAACAUCUAACGAUCAGCUGGCUUUAACACUGUGUGAAUGGGGCAUUUCAAAGGAAAGUUUAGCCGAUGAACUUUUUUGUCAAAUUAUGAAGCAAUUAACAGGCAACGAAAGAUUUGAUUCAAUACGAAGAGGAUGGGAAUUACUCGCUAUAUUUUUGACUUUUUUCUCACCAUCAAAUCGAGAAAUAACUCAGAAAUUGACUGAAUUUAUUGAAGCAAACUCUGAUCGAUUGUUGGACAUGCCCGAGGUGCCUGUCUCUCAUUAUGCUAUUCAGUGCAGCAGACGUCUUAUACGUUUAUCAGCUACACGGCCGAAACCGUCGCUUAGUCUUAUCCAAGAAUCUCGUGUACAUAUUUUCAACCCACCGCAAUUUUGCACUCCUCUGGAAGAACUGAUGGAAAUGCAAGCCGAAAAAUAUCCGGAAAGAAUUUUGCCUUGGCUCGAGACAACAUUAAUAGAUUUGAUAUUAUCAGCGGGUGGACAGCACACUGAAGGUGUUUUCCGUGUACCAGCUGAUCCGGAUCAUGUUCACACAGCAAGGUUGCGUCUUGAUCGAGGUCUUAUCCCAGUUGUGCGUGAUGCUCAUGUUCCAGCAGCGUUAUUAAAAUUAUGGUUACGUUCAUUGCCAGAACCAUUACUGCCAGAUACUUUUUAUCUACGUUGUUUAGCAGUGUGUGAUCAACCCGAAGAAGCAUGUCGCAUAGCUGAGCUUCUGCCUGCUGUGAAUCGUCUAGUUUUAGCAAAAUUACUAGAACUUCUUCAGCUACUAGCAGAAGAAGAAACAGUAAAAUAUACAAAAAUGGAUGUGUGUAAUUUAGCGAUGGUAAUGGCACCCAAUGUGUUACGAUGCGGUAGUGAUGACCCACGUGUUAUUUUUGAUAAUGCACGACGGGAAAUGACGUUUCUGAAAACGCUCAUUUUGCACUAUGAUACUUCCUUUAUACGUUCUGUUUCCUAA